GUGUGAGCGAGCGUCAUUCUCCUCCUUUCUUCCUUUCACUGAACGCUCAUCACUUGUGAGCAGCGGCGCCCUGAAGAAACACCCCGAAGUUUCUACUACUCCUAAGGCUUAAUUCAGCUUCACUCUCCGGCUAAAAUCCCACUGUUUCUCCCGGUUUUUAUUCCUCCCUUCAUCCUCCACUUUCCGGAGGAAUCAGCCGGGGUGUGCUGCCUGCUAACACUGGGCGUAGCUGGAGAGGAUUGUGUGCUAGCUCGCCUCUGCACUGACUGACCAGACCUCGCCGUCUCCAGAAAGCCUGCAGACCCGUGGCCAUCCUGCCAGAUUUACGUCGGCCCUGCCUUGCAGAGACGGACCACCACCACCAGAGGGGAGAUGAAGCCGGAUGGGGUUGCCACGGCCGCACUGGAGCCAAUGGAAACACUGGAAUCCAACCCGGUGAAUGACGCAGCAGGACAGGACGCCAACCAGGCGGCCAGCCCUGUGGCAGAGGAGGGGGUGCCACAGCCCACCAUAGAAGAGACGGGAGAAGCAAAGCCGGACCAGGCUAAGGAGACCCCCGCUAAGACUGGCAACAAGACUUCAGGAGACCCCAAAGCCAAGACUACCAACAAGGCCCCGUCCAAGACAAAACCCGGCACCACGGCCCCAAGUAAGACCACCACCGGGUCCAAGCCCAACACAACCCAGAGCCGCCUCUCAAACGGCACGAAUAAGCUCCAGACUAACGGCAUGGCUAAGAAACCGGCCCCUGCCGCAGUUAAAAAGACCACCCCCACCCCAGCCCCCGCCAAGAAACCAACAGGCACGACACCGUCCCCGGCCCUGAAGAGCAAAGUGGGGGAGAAGAAACCCACGGGGGCGUCUCCCGCCACCAACGGCGCAAAGUCAACGACCGGAACAGCCGCCGCCAAGAGGACGGUGCCCGCCACCACCAACGGUGUCAAAACCAGCACUGCCGCAGCCGCCGCUAAGAAGCCCCCAGCUCCUAAGACUGCCUCUGCAACUCCCACCAAGCCCCCUGUUUCCAAGACAACCAGGCCUUCAGUCGGCACGCCGGCCUCAUCCCGCCCUGCCACCGGCUCAACCCGGCCCCCCACCUCCAGCACAGCCAAGAGCUCCCCAGCUACACCCAAAACUACCACCCCGAAAACUUCUUCCACCACCACCGCCAAGCCGGCGGCCUCCAAACUAACCACCAGCACCCCCUCUGGUGGCAAACCUCCAGCAUCACAGACAUCCAGAACCACAACGCCUGUGAAGAAAGAUGUUACCAAACCUGCUGCGUCAGCAUCCAAAAAGCCAUCUGACUCCCCCCUCACCCGCCCCUCCGCCACCACAAAGUCGGCAAAACCGGAGACCCCCAAAUCAGCCUCCAAAUCAGACGCCGUGGCCAAGAAGCCUGCUGCCAGUAAGGACUCAAAGACCCCCGCCCGGCCUAAAGCUGAGAGUAAGCCCACUCCUGCCAAGACUCCUGGCUCUAAAACAUCUGCAUCCAAGACCCCCGCCCCCAAGAAGACUGUGGGCAGCAGCACCCCCACUCCAGUGAAGCGGGGCCCCAAAGCGGUGUCUGAACCAGCGCCGGAGAAGGAACUAGCCGCGGCUGUAGCCGCCGCUGCAGCUAUCGCUACCGCUGCUGCUGUCAUAGCUGGGCCAGAGGUACCAGAACUAGCUGCUGCUGAGGAACCACAGCUCAUGUCCAGCCUGGCCGAAGUGGUCCAAGAAAAAGCUCCAGAACCCACACCAGAGCCUGUGAGGGAACUAACACCAGAGCCUGUGAGGGAACUAACACCAGAGCCUGUGAGGGAACUAACACCAGAGCCUGAACCAGAACCAGAAUCAUUCAAAGUGCGAGAAACCUCUCCAGAGCCCCUCCCAGAACCCCUGUCAGAUGCAGAGCUUGGAGCAGAACCAGUCCACGGAGCAGCCUCCGUGGAUCAGCUGUCGGCGGAUCUGGACCGCUUUAAAUUCUCAGAGUCUGCUAAAGACACCUCCCUGGGGACCACCGUCAUGUCUCCCCCUUCUUCUCCCCUGGGUCCGGUCUCCCCGGUCAGAGGACCACAGAGCGCCUCCUCUCUGCUGGACAUGCAGGUCCUGUCGGAUCCCUGGGACCGGAACCAGGACAUGGCUCCAUCUCACCUUGCUCCCGAGAGUCUAGUCCACACAGAGGAGGAGAAGAAGGACCAGUUUGAGGUCCAGCAGACCAGGGAGGAGGAGGAAGAGGAGGAGAACCUGUUCAUGCCUUCCCCCAAAGCUCCAUCUGCGGGGGCCCAGCAUCACACGGACGACUUCCCCUCCCGGGACCUGCUCUCCCCCCAUGAGAAGGAGGAGGCGGUGGAAAAGGCUGACGAGGAGAUAAACGAGGACGAUGAGGAGGAGGACGAUGAAGACGAGGAGCAGAGGCGACUGGGCCACCAGCCGUCCUCCCUGGGCACGGACAUGAGCACGUCCCAGCCCUCCGAGGAGUUUGCCGUGCGUCCCUCUGCCUUCGGGGGGUCCGUGGGUUGGCACGGCGAUGACCUGCUGUCCGGGCUGGACUCGGAGGACGUGAGCAGCUGCACCAGCAGCCGGCAGCUGGGCGAGUCGGACCUGAGCAGCACGCAGCACACGGCGCUGCUGGAGGGGACGCAGAGCUCCGACGCCCUGGUGGACUCCAGCCUGCGGGGGUCCGAGGGGGACGGGAACAUCAUGAGCUCCCCCAACGUGGAGACCCUGGCCAACGAGGAGGAGGACGAGCGUGUCGACGACAUGGACCUGAGCUCUGAGAGAGUGGAGGAGCAUCACAAAGGGUUCCAGCAGCAGCAGGAGGAGGAAGAGGAGGAGGAUGAGGAGGACGAAGAUGUGGAGAUGCACAGUGAGGGAGUGACGGAGAGCGGGGGGAACGUAGAUGAAGACGAUUUCAACGAGGAGGAGCGCUUAGACAACCUGAACCGCUCUGCUGCACCUCCCUGCACCCCCCCCACCUCCUCCUGGGGUCAAACCAACCCAUUCUGUGAUACCUGGGCUCAGCCAGCCCCCGGCUCCUCCCCCAGCCCUCUCUCUGACCAUGUGGCGGAAGAAUCAGAAACCCCCGUCCUGUCCCCAGCCUUCUUGGCCCGCAGCGGCCCCUCCCGUGCUCCUGGGUCCGAGGAGAGGAAGGAUUCUGCAGACGAGGGGGCUCAGGGAUUGUUUGCCGGCCCAGCAGAAGGUCUGUGUGAGCCCGGCGCGGCCCCCGCCGCCCGGAGCAACAGCGAGACCAGUACGCCCGAGGAUCUCCGGGACUAUGACAGCAGCUCAGGGGUGGAGUCCCGCUCCGACAAGCAGCAGACCCCGGUGCCCCCCCACCAGGCCGACAUGGAGCAGGACCUGGGAAUCCACCUGGAGAAAGGAGACGGGGAGGAGGAGGAGGCCGAGACGCUCCCCGCCGACGAAGUCCUAGGAACGGGACCCCCGACCGCUCCUGCCUCCGCUCCCUCCUCCCCCUCCACCUCAGGAGACGAGGCCAGCGACACGGAGGGCGAGAUGCAGAUCAACGACCCCGACACACCGGCCAUGAUGGACGAGAGCGCCCGGUUCGAGAGCCCCCCUCCCACCUGCAGUCUGCCCGCUCUGACGGAGGACGAGGAGGCAGGGGAGACUCACGCCGGGGAGGGCGAGGAGGACGGAGGCGGCACCACCCCGCAGUCAGCCAACUCGGUGGCGUCUUACGGCUUUGACUGCACCACGUCCAACUCCAAUGCCCACUCCAUGGCCGAGAGCUGCGGGAAGAGCCCCGGCAUCUUCAGCCUGGAGAACGAGGAGCAGCUGCCGGAGGAGGCCAAGGACCCCUCCCUCAUCAAGGAGCUUACGCUGCCCUCCGCCGCCGCCGUGGACCUGACGCCUUUCGGCUUCCCGGGAGACGUCCAGCCGGGGAGUCUAGAUGAGUACAUGCUGGGGGGGAAGAUGCCAGCGGACCACCUGGAAGAGGUCGACCCGCUGGAGCACCGUCACCACCUCGGGGGGGCAGUGGAGUCCGGAGACCCCGGCGACAGCCAGCCGCCGUACUACUCUACCAUUUGUGAUAAGACUGAUAGUGUUCUGGCAGGUAACGUAUAAGUCCCUCCUCUCACCCCCUGAAUGCACCUUUUCCCCGCAACCCGCCCCCCCACACCCAGUUACCUGUUGUUUGUUUUCUCUCCAGUUGGGUUAGAAGGCUUAGAGAAAAAAAAGGAGAGCAAGAUCGUAGGAAAAGAUUUAAAAAGUGAACAAAGGAGAAGGAGUAAGAGUGACUGUAGCAGUUUCUAAUGCCGCCUCCUCUCAGACGGUGAUGAGCGUACGGCUCCUCUCUGUACAAUAGCUACUACCAUUUUCUAGUAGAAUGUUCUUUUUCAGUAACACUGCAUACCCUGUAGCCCCCGACGGGGCACUGACUGACUGAUCGGUCCGCUGGGACUGAGCCUUUAAAACCGAGAAAAGAAAAAAAACAGACGGAAUGAAAUGGACUCUGUGUAUUUAUCCUGCUGUUUUUACCGAUCAAAUGUCGAUGAUUUGUUUUUGUUUUGUAUUUGCUUAUUUGUGUUUAUUUUUUCUGUUGAAACCUGGUCUCCCCCACCCUGUGUACACAUGCUCCAUGUUCGACAGCACCAUAGCGAUAGUCACAUACUCCUUCUUUGUGUUUAAAGACUUUUAGCUAUCAAAAUAAAGGCUAGGUAUUAACAGGGCUGAGGUAGUGUGGGAGUGUUAGAAGCAGUUGGUGAAGUUUUAAAUGUGCUUUACGAGGCUGUUGCAUUGGUUGUUCCGGUAUAUAACGUGCAGUCACGUACAGUAUGUGUUUCAGCUGUUUGGUUUAAGUGGCUAAGCUUCCAGCCUCGGUUAGCUGAUCAUAAGUGUUCCAGAAGAGACUAACACUAGCCUUUUAUUUGUGAUGAGACCCUGCAUUGUCCUCCAUCGCUAUCACCGCCGAGCUUUACUCAUAGCGAGCGUUUGGUUUACUAUUUCAACAGUAUAUUGCAUGUUUAACUAACAUAAAGACUGUGUACUACCUUGACUUUGAAACAAUUCUACACUAGACAUGUUCAUAAAUGAAUGGUUCACACUAGGUUAUCUUUCAAAAUUCCAUUAAAACAUCAUUACAAGGCA